CCUAACUAUUGUCCUCGCAAUGGCAACACCUACCAUUAGUAAAAAGGACCUACAGAAAACCUUGUCGGCUAAAAAAAAGAAGAAAGCGGAAGUUAUUAAAAACGUUUUAGCAAAGCCCUACCAAAACUACUGGCCUGUGCUCAAUUCUGAAGACAACUUUAAUUUGAGAGAAGCUCUCCGAAAAUUCCUCCCGAGACUCAAACAUGACAAAGUUAACAUCCCGUACAAGGAUAUUAAGGCAAUUCCGAGAGAAGAACGCAAGAAAUUCCGAGAAAAUUACCCGAAACCGCCCUUGGCCCCCUUGUUAGUUAGUGAUUCGGAUCGAAAAAGUAUCGUUUUUGGCAUCAAUGACGUGUCAAAAUGUUUGGAAGACCGUUCGGCAGCUUGUGUUUUGGUGGACAGUGAUGUGCAGCCCCGUCUCCUAGUGCAACACAUUGUGGACCAAGCGGUGUUGUACAAUGUCCCAGUUUUGGUGGCUGUUACGAUGCGCCCGUUUUUCAAAGUUCACUGUGGGGUAAGUGGGGCUGCGGUCGCUUUCAAGCGGGGGGUUAAACCCGAUUCGGGCUUGGGGCUGAUUCAACAAACUAUUUGCAAUAUUUAUGAAAAUUAUCCAGUGCCCCAAAACCACAUUCACUAUCACAGGAGACUAGACACUAUUACAAUUAGUGAUUCCUCCAAUAACAGUGUUUGUGUUGUUAGUGACUCUGAGGAUGAAGAACCCGCGAAGAAUUAUCAUUUGAAACGAAAGUUGCGAAAACGGGCUUUUGUGCCCCCAGAACCACAUAAGGUUGUGGAAAGUGUUGUUUAUAUUGAGUUAGAUACGAGUGUAGAGGCGUCUCCUGUUAGUAAAAUUAAUUAUCAGCCCCUCACUGUUAAGAGGCUGAAAGGGGAUAAAAAUAGGAAUAAGCGUAAAAUGCAAAAAUUUAAAAAGAAGUAAAAUUUAUUUUUCUGUAA